UGAUCCUCAUUUUGUCGUUUUGCACCGACCAAUUCUGUCGCCGAAGUGCUGCCAUGCUGCAGAUGUGCUGUCCCCUAGAUACGCAGGGCACCGCUUCGCGCCUCUGCUGCAGUUAUGCUUUUCUGGACUCUGUAGUCAUACUUGCGUUCGUUUACGAGCAAUGGCAUGUGGAAAUGGAACAACUCCGCUGACCGGAUCCGGAUGACAUUCAAUUCCUGACGCAGUGGUUUAGCCGUCGGAUCGUACUUCGAUCCAUUCCAGAAACUCAAAAAGUCAUGAUGAUGUCUAAUGGGGUGAAACGUUGAAAGGCGGUGAGGACCAAAGGGGUGAAAAGUCGAAGAACUCGCAAAUGAAGGGUAUAGACUGUAUAAUUGCGGCAAUAGAUAUGUGGUGUGCGACAUGCGCACAUCCUAACCUAUCCACUGGCAUCCAGUGCCCUAACGGAACGCAGUGUGGUGUAGGGGGGUUCAAGCCUGCGCCUUGUUGGCGAUUUACGACUGUUUGAGAAGAGGACCCCCGGUCCGGAAGUUAGUUGACGGCGGCCAGGACAGGGCAGGGUUUCAAGGGGGGACCACUUUCUCCCUGCCCUGUUUACCAAAAAAGGGGUGACAGCAGCAGGAGCAGCAGGAGCAGCAAGAGAACGCAUGACAGCAGCAGGAGCAGCAGGAGCAGCAAGAGAACGCGUGACAGCAGCAGGAGCAGCAGCAGCAGCAGCAGAAGCAGCAAGAGAACUAUUUGUUGUGCUGAGCUUGCCGACCUUUGGCGUGACGGUGCUUACCAUAUUAGGAGUUAUAGUAGAAUUAUAUCAUGGAUGGCAGCAGUCUCAUCACCAACAUCGCGUCGUCAGAACUCAUUGAUGUGGAGAACACCGACAAAAGCUUAGUGCAGUCCUCGAAGCUAUGGAGGCAGAUGUCUUCUUCCCGCCAUCAUGACCAAGGUUCACCCAUUGGCAGUAAGGCGCCAUUUGACGAGGAAGAGAAAGUCGCGACGCCAUCUCCGAAGAUGCGGAGGCAGAUGUCGGCUUCCCGUCAUCAUGAUCAAGCUGCACCUGUUGGAAGUAAGGGGCCAUUUGACGAGGAAGACAAAGUCGUGGGGGCGCCAUCUCCGAAGAUGCGCAGGCAGGUUUCAGGUGCCCGUCAUAUCGUUCAGGGGAAAGAUAAUGAGCAAGCUUCGGCGGUGGUCAGCAACGGGCCGUUUGACGAGAGCUCUCCGCUUUUCGACCUCAGUAGGAAACCAGAAACGAUGGCUCCCGCGAUGACAGACUUGGAGCAUCUUGCGCAGCUGCCGGUGUACGAAGGGAGUUCGCAAUUGGGUGGCGGAGUUGAGCUCUAUCCGCCCAAAAAGGAGGAGAGGUGUGGUGCGCUUGCAGGUUUUGAAAGCCUCGACGAACUGUUACGGCAUUACGUUCCGAAGGAGGAGCUGGCUGAGGUGCUGAGGGUUCUUUUUGGUCAUAAUAUGGGUAGUACGGUCAAAGAGCUGCACCUUUACGAGGGGCUGAGAUUGAUGGCUCGGCAACAGGAGUACGAUCUCAAAGGCUAUCAAUUCACUGCUGCGGAGGAGGAGCUUCGUCCCCCUCGCGUGGUUAAAAUCGGACUUAUUCAACACGCGAUAGUGUUGCCGACGGACGCUCCCUUUGCUGCUCAGAGACAAGCGAUCUUGGAGCGUGUACGGAGGAUUGCAGACACUGCGGGCCAGCUCGGGGUUAACAUCCUGUGCCUUCAAGAGGCAUGGAGCAUGCCGUUCGCUUUCUGCACGCGCGAGAAGGAAUGGGCAGCCUUCGCCGAAGGAGCUGAGGAUGGGGAGUCCAUCAAGUUUGCCCAAGAGCUUGCCCGUUCGCAUAACCUAGUUGUCAUUAGCCCUAUUCUCGAGCGGGACAAAGUCCAUGGAGACGUCCUCUGGAACACGGCUGUCGUCGUAGGUAACCGAGGGAAUAUAAUCGGUAAGCAUCGAAAGAACCAUAUUCCAAGGGUCGGCGAUUUCAACGAGAGCACCUACUACAUGGAGGGUGACACGGGACACCCGGUGUUUGAGACCGUGUUCGGGAAGAUCGCAGUAAACAUCUGCUAUGGCAGACAUCAUCCUUUAAAUUGGAUGAUGUUUGGACUCAACGGUGCCGAGAUUGUGUUCAAUCCGUCAGCGACGGUGGGGGAGCUGAGUGAGCCGCUGUGGGGCAUCGAGGCCCGGAAUGCCGCUAUAGCGAACGGUUUUUUUGUUGCCGCUAUCAAUCGGGUGGGGACGGAAGUCUUUCCUAGGGAGUUCACCUCUGGGGAUGGGAAAAAGGCCCACAAAGACUUCGGGCACUUUUAUGGGUCCUCUUAUGUGGCCGCACCCGAUGGAUCGAGAACCCCUUGCCUGUCCAGGAGAUUAGAUGGGCUGCUCAUUGCGGAGAUGGAUCUGAAUCUUUGUCGCCAGGUGAAAGACAAAUGGGGCUUUCAGAUGACAGCCCGUUACGGGCUCUAUUCCAAGUCGCUGUCACGCUAUUUGAAGAGUGAUUUCAAGCCACAAUUGAUUGUCGAUCCAUUGCUGGCGUGCGAACGCGGAAAGGCGUGAGCCGCACACAUUUUUUUUUACCAUCAUGAUGAUCGUACGGUCACAAAGGUGGCGCUGCAUAUUGUGUUUGGUCUGUUCCGUAUGUGACCUUCGUGUUAUCUGUACAAAAUGUACAUAUAUAUUUAGUUCAUAACUUCAUGCUACUUCAAAGUUCAUACUGGUUAAUAUGUGACAAUAUAUUUACCGGUUGUUUCGCAAACUGCACUCUUUUAGUUCAUACUACUUCAUAGUUAUGUGACAAUAUAUAUGCAUGUGUCACUGAGCCAAUUAGAAGCCUUAGGGGCAUAAGGGCCUGUACUGUGUAGAUGUUAAUUUGGGUACCAAGGCUCGUUAAUUCUGUGUUUUCUCUACUGGUAGGCUACAUGUCUAUGUCAAUAAAUUGCGAUAAAAGGCUGAUCAAUUGAAUCAUCAUCAUCAUCAUCAUCAUCAUCAUCAUCAUCAUCAUCAUCAUCGUCAUCGUCAUCAUACUAUAGUCUCAACGAGGUCGUCUCCUCAGAAGGAUUCCAUUGUCAGUUUGCUUGAUAGAAGCGUUUGUGAUGUCUGCCAUUGUCUGGCAUCGCUAUUUCCGGAUUUCGCGUCUCUGCGGCCCCUAGUAUUUGCAUUGCUCGGUUGUCUCGAUUUCCAACCAAUUUGGAAGUUGGGAUCCUUUGGUCUUCCACCAUUGCUUUUUUUUGUUUUGUUUUUACCACCUCUACAGUUCUACCUUCGAUCCUCUUUUUGCCGAUCCUGAAUUUCAGUCUAUGCACCAACGGGGUGCCAAAGCGGCAGAGCGGCGUUUUUGUUUUCUUCUAGCUUACUCCGCCAGCCGUUGUCGUCCGGUACCGCCCAGUCUCCGCCGGCCUGCGAAGAAUGCGGAGUUGCCUCCUUUUGAGACUUACCGUCACACCUAGGCUGGGCGGUACCGGACGUGCCAUCUUCGCAGGCUGGCGGAGGCUGGGCGGUACUGCACGUCGGCUGUUAGUGGUGUGUUUCAUACUGAGUCUCCCUCUUCAUUUCUACGCGCCGCCAUCCCUCCGUGCGCAGCGGCCUUCCUUAUCUUCUGUGUCUCAUACCUUGCGCCAGCGCCAUGCUCAUCGUCUCUGCUGGAGGGUCUCCCACCAAUGUUAUCAAUGCAUUCAAACUCCAAAACUUCUUCAUACUUCUUCAAACUUCUUCAAACUUCUUCAAACUUCUUCAAACUUGAAAACUUUAAAACUUUCAAACGCUCUCAGACUGCUAAUAAUGGUGAGACUGUACUUCAAUUGUAGGUUCGAAUCCUGCUAAGGAAUGGUAUCCCUGAUCAGUCCAAGCAUUUGUAAGGAGAAGAAUAAUUUUUUGGUGCAACUGAUGUCAACUUUCCUAGAGAUUGGUGAAGUUCAUCGAUUGAAGUGGCGAAGCUGAUUGCAUGGUGCAUGGAGAGCGUGAUCCAUUGCUGUCGAGUAGUAGAUGUGCCCUGGAGGUUGAUGGGGAACAAAAUAUGGUGUGUACA